AUGAUCAGAGUGGACACACAGGAAGACAGACGGACGGGCAGAGAGAUGGUUCACCUGAACAUGGAUCACCUGUCGGUACUGGUGCUGGUGCUGGUGCUGGUGCUGUGGAGCUCAGGACUCCAGGCUGAAGGAGAACACAACUCAACAGAGCCUGGUGAUGUCAGAUUGGUGGGAGGAGACAGUCGCUGUGCAGGAAUACUGGAGCUGAAACUAGAGGGAGAAUGGACACCAGUGACUGAUGUUCCAUAUAUUUACCGGGGAGAACCAAUGUCCUAUCCCUGGACCCUGAAGGAAGCAACUGCCGCCUGCACAGAGCUGGGCUGUGGCUUUGUUGUCUCUAUAGGACGGAAAGAGCUCUUCUCAAGCAUGAAUAAGUUGAAGACCGACUCUAACUGUGUUCACUCUGGAUCUUCUCUGACAGAGUGUGCAUCAUCAGCCUCCUCUUCCUACAUCCUGAAUCUCACCUGCUCAGACUCUGUCAAGCUGGUGGAUGGGACCAGUCUGUGCUCAGGCAGACUGGAGGUGAAGUCUAACCAGAGGUGGUCCUCAGUGUGUGAAGCUGACUUUGACCAGCAGGAUGCAGAGGUGGUCUGUAGGGAGCUUGGCUGUGGGGCUCCUUCAGUCCUCCAGGGGGCGCUCUAUGGAGAAGUGGAGGCUCCAAUGUGGACCAAAGAGUUCCAGUGUGGAGGCCAUGAGUCUGCUCUCCUGGACUGUAGAAGCUCAGGCUCAGAUAGAAACACCUGCUCACCUGGCAAAGCUGUUGGACUCAAAUGCUCAGAGCCUGUCAGGUUGGUGGGAGGAGACAGUCACUGUGCAGGAACACUGGAGGUCAAACGUGAGGGAGAAUGGAGACCAGUGACUGACUAUGACUCUCCCUGGACCCUGAAGACAGCAGGUGUUGCCUGCAGAGAUCUGGACUGUGGCUCUGCUGUUUCUAUAGGAGAGAGAGAGGAGUCCUCAGACAGACCUGUGUGGUGGAUCAGGUCUGAAUGUGUUCACUCUGCAUCUGCUCUGAGGGAGUGUGCAACACCAGAUUCCUCUUCCUCUGUCCUGAAUCUCACCUGCUCAGACUCUGUCAGGCUGGUGAAUGGGACCAGUCUGUGCUCAGGCAGACUGGAGGUGAAGUCUAACCAGAGGUGGUCCUCAGUGUGUGAAGCUGACUUUGACCAGCAGGAUGCAGAGGUGGUCUGUAGGGAGCUUGGCUGUGGGGCUCCUUCAGUCCUCCAGGGGGCGCUCUAUGGAGAAGUGGAGGCUCCAAUGUGGACCAAAGAGUUCCAGUGUGGAGGCCAUGAGUCUGCUCUCCUGGACUGUAGAAGCUCAGGCUCAGAUAGAAACACCUGCUCACCUGGCAAAGCUGUUGGACUCACCUGCUCAGAGCCUUUCAGGUUGGUGGGAGGAGACAGUCACUGUGCAGGAACACUGGAGGUCAAACAUGGAGAAUGGAGACCAGUGAAUGUCAUUUACUCUCCCUGGACCCUGAAGACAGCAGGUGUUGUCUGUGGACAGCUGGUCUGUGGCUCUGCUGUUUCUGUAGAACAGAAAAGGUCCCCAUUAAGCUCCGUGUGGAGGAUUGACUCUCGAUGUGUUAAGUCUGUACCUGCUCUGAGGGAGUGUGCAACAUCAGAUUCCUCUUCCACCAUCCUGAAUCUCACCUGCUUAGACUCUGUCAGGCUGGUGGAUGGGACCAGUCUGUGCUCAGGCAGACUGGAGGUGAAGUCUAACCAGAGGUGGUCCUCAGUGUGUGAAGCUGACUUUGACCAGCAGGAUGCAGAGGUGGUCUGUAGGGAGCUUGGCUGUGGGGCUCCUUCAGUCCUCCAGGGGGCGCUCUAUGGAGAAGUGGAGGCUCCAAUGUGGACCAAAGAGUUCCAGUGUGGAGGCCAUGAGUCUGCUCUCCUGGACUGUAGAAGCUCAGGCUCAGAUAGAAACACCUGCUCACCUGGCAAAGCUGUUGGACUCACCUGCUCAGAGCCUGUCAGGUUGGUGGGAGGAGACAGUCGCUGUGCAGGAACACUGGAGGUCAAACAUGGAGAAUGGAGACCAGUGAAUGGCUAUUACUCUGACUGGACCAUGAAGACAGCAGGUGUUGCCUGCAGAGAUCUGGACUGUGGCUCUGCUGUUUCUGUAGGAGAGAGAGAGGAUUCCUCAGACAGACCUGUGUGGAGGAUCGACUCUGACUGUGUUCACUCUGGAUCUGCUCUGAGGGAGUGUGCAACAUCAUCUUCCUCUUCCACCCUCCUGUAUCUCACCUGCUCAGACUCUAUCAGGCUGGUGGAUGGGACCAGUCUGUGCUCAGGCAGACUGGAGGUGAAGUCUAACCAGAGGUGGUCCUCAGUGUGUGAAGCUGACUUUGACCAGCAGGAUGCAGAGGUGGUCUGUAGGGAGCUUGGCUGUGGGGCUCCUUCAGUCCUCCAGGGGGCGCUCUAUGGAGAAGUGGAGGCUCCAAUGUGGACCAAAGAGUUCCAGUGUGGAGGCCAUGAGUCUGCUCUCCUGGACUGUAGAAGCUCAGGCUCAGAUAGAAACACCUGCUCACCUGGCAAAGCUGUUGGACUCAAAUGCUCAGAGCCUGUCAGGUUGGUGGGAGGAGACAGUCACUGUGCAGGAGCACUGGAGGUCAAACAUCAGAGAGAAUGGAGACCAGUGAAGGGCUAUGACGUGACCCUGAAGGAAGCAGCCAUCGCCUGCAGAGAUCUGGACUGUGGCUCUGCUGUUUCUGUAGGAGAGAGAGAGGAUUCCAUACGCAGACCUGUGUGGAGGAUCGACUCCAACUGUAUUGAGUCUGGAUCUGCUCUGAGGGAGUGUGUAAAGUCAGAUUUCUCUUUCUACACCUGGAAUUUUCCCUGCUCAGACCUGCUGCUUCAGCCCAACAUCUCUGUGUCCUCCUCCAUGGACGGGGUCUCCAAGGCCCAGCAGCAGGGGUUUCACGUGCUCAGAGGCUCCAACUUCACCAUCAGCUGCUCCAUCCAGCCACAAUGUACUGUAGUGCGAGUAGUCUAUGAGAGGGACAUGACAAAGUUCAAACAGUAA